CCCAAUUCCUACUUUAUGGAUGUGAAAUGCCUAGGAUACUAUAAAAUCACCACGGUCUUUAGCCAUGCACAAACGGUAGUCUUGCGUGUUGGCUGCUCCACUGUCCUCUGUCAGCCUACAGGUGGAAAAGCAAGGCUGACAGAAGGAUGCUCCUUCAGGAGGAAGCAGCACUGAAAGCCCCUGAUUCAAGAUGAGUGGGAACCUUCCCAAUAAACGCAUUUUGGAUAUUAAGAAA